UCAGGGUCACACAGGCAGCAGUUUAAGGGAUCACUUGUGAACGCCAGCUCAUCCCGGGACGAUUUCAGAACCUCAGACGAGCGCACCGGUCCAGUUGGAGGCUUACAGAUCCGAGACGCAACGGAAAAGAUUCACCUGUACCACUUCUUGACAGCCCUGCUCAUCUCAGUCUGGACUCCACAGCACCGCUACCUGUCUGAUAGUUGUGUGUGCGUUUGUGUGCAUGUUUUAUGUGUGUUUCUGCUUGAUUACCCAUCAAUCAGUGCGUUAGUAUGCAGGGUGCUUGUGUGUCAGUUUUGUGUGUGUGCAUAUGUGUGUCUGUGUUUCUCCGCAGUGCGAUUUCACAGUCACACAGAGAAACUGACACCUACACGGAAUGCACUGAUGGGUAUAAGUGGGACUCUCAAACUGAGCACUGCAAAGACAUAAACGAGUGCGAGACCAUCCCAGACGCCUGCAAAGGGGAGAUGAAGUGCUUCAACCACUAUGGAGGCUACCUGUGCCUUCCCCGCUCUGCAUCGGUUAUUCCUGCCCCGGAGCCCCAAAACACACCCACCGAGACCUGUCCCCAGGGCUACGAGCCACAUGGAGACAGCUGUGCGGAUGUCAAUGAGUGCGAGCGGGAGGAGCACGACUGCCAGCCAAGCCAGGACUGCAUCAACACACUGGGGGCCUUCACCUGUCAGUGCCCCGAUGGUUACCGCAAGGUGGGCACAGAGUGUAUCGACAUCGAUGAGUGCAGGUACAGGUACUGCCAGCAUCGCUGCGUUAACGUCCCCGGUUCCUUCUCCUGUCAGUGUGAACCUGGUUUCCAGCUGGCCGGAAACAACCGAUCGUGCAUCGAUGUGAAUGAAUGUGAGAUGGGUGCACCGUGCUCUCAGAGGUGUUACAACACGUACGGCACGUUUCUGUGUCGCUGUGAUCAGGGCUACGAGCUCGGGCCAGAUGGCUUUACCUGCAACGACAUCGACGAGUGCAGUUACUCCAGUUACCUGUGCCAGUUCCAGUGUGUCAACGAGCCUGGGAAGUUCUCCUGUAUGUGCCCUGAGGGAUACCAGCUGCAGGGCAGCAGACUGUGUCAGGAUGUAAACGAAUGUGAAACAGGUGAACAUCAGUGCACCGAGACGCAGACUUGUGUGAACAUCCACGGACGGUACCAGUGUGUGGACAACAACCGCUGCCAAGAUCCUUACAUCCAAGUGUCUGACAACCGCUGCGUGUGUCCGGUCAGCAAGCCUGGCUGCAGAGAUCUGCCCUUCUCCGUGGUCCACCGGUACAUGAGCAUCACCUCGGAGCGCUCCGUCCCCUCAGACAUCUUCCAGAUCCAGGCCACCAGCGUGUCGGCGGGGGCUUACAACACCUUCCGCAUCCGCUCAGGGGACGACAAUGGAGACUUUUACAUCAGG